CAGGAGUUUGAGCCACUGAAGAAGUAGAGCGCCAGUGGUAGACAAUGCAGUGAGGCUGUGCUUACGGAUAACAAAGUGGCAAUACGUGGCUUAUUUCGCGAAGUGAAAUAAAGUUAAGUGUAUGAAGACAUCUGUCCACUACUAACGAUGAAGCCGUUGAGUCCGGUUCUGCUGGCUGCCGUGCUGUCCGUGGCUGCGGCCAAUGCCAAUGACGAGUGGCUGGCGUUCAAACAGCGCUUCGGACGCGUCUACGAAGCGGAGGAGGAAGUUCUCCGACGCCGGGUGUUUGAUGAAAAUUUGGAACGCAUUCGGCUGCACAACGCCGAGCACGACGCAGGGAGGAGUACUUUUCGUCUCGGAGUGAACCAGUUCGCCGAUUUCACUAAUGAAGAAUUCCGCCAAAAGAUCAUUACGGAGAUGCAGCCGAAUAUCAUCUCCCGUCCAGCCAGCUCGAGGACCCCAACCUCCGUGAACGUCACAGCACCCGACUCCUUCGACUGGCGAAACGAGGGCGUGCCCAUCAUCAUCAAGAACCAGGGCCAGCUGGGCGCCUCCUGGACCAUCGCCACGCUGUCCUCCGUAGAGGCGGGUGUCUUCCUCUCCAGCGGACAGACGGUCUCCCUGAGCGACCAGAACCUCCUCGACUGCGUCAGCUGGCCGUCCACAGUCGGCGCGCUCGAGUACGUCCGUGAUCACGGCGUGGCCACUGAGGCGGACUACCCGACCACCGGCGGCGUGGGAGCCUGUCAGCCCGUGGCGCCCUCGGCCGGUCUGGACGAGGUGCAUCAGGUGCCCGAGGGCGACGAAGUGGCCCUGGCGGAGGGGUUGCUGCAGAAUCCUGUACCCGUGAUGUUCGAUGUUGAGUUCUCAUUCCAGCUCUACUCCUCCGGCAUUUACUCGGACCCCGGCUGUUCGCCGGACCAGUUGAACCACGCCCUGCUGCUGGUCGGUUACGGCUCGUCCGGGCAGGACUUCUGGACUCUGGCCAACUCGUGGGGUACCUCCUGGGGCGAGGGCGGCUACGUGCGCGUCCAGAGGGGCGUCAACAUGUGUGGGAUAGCCACGAUGGCCGCCUACCCGACCGGCGUCCACCUGCUAUAAGCUGGUCAGCUGCGAAUGAGAGAACGACAACGAGCCAGGACACCGCUCUACACACCAGUCAAAAAUCGGAAACAUUGCACAGAUGCACGCCAUUUCAAAUGUGGCAUUGAACAGUUAGGAAUGUGGCAUUGGGGUCAUUAUUAAAGACAUUAAAACCUAGGCUGUGUUUUAUGCCAUCCUAAGGUCACUUGCGGUAACAGGUGGACCCAAUGUAUGAGCGUUGCACCUCUUGUGACUGAAAAACGAAAGCAAAAUACAUUUUUUCCGGAAAAA